CUGAACCCCGGCGGUGUGUUUGUGGUGGAGAGGCCGGGGCUUCAGGAGUUCCUUGAGGAGCUCGCCUCGUUUGCGGAGGUGGUCAUCUUCACGGCCGGCCUGGAGGAUUACGCCAAGCCCAUCAUCGACGCACUCGACCCCAGCGGCAAGCUCUUCGCCCACCGCAUCUACCGCGAAGGCACCCUGCGCACGGAGUUUUACCAGUGCGUCAAGGACAUGGCGCGAGUGGGUCGCGACCUGGCCAAGACGGUGUUGGUUGACGACACACCGCUGGCGUUCCUGCACCAGCCCGAUAACGGCGUUCCGGUUCUGGGGUUCCGAGGGGACAUGGACGACCGGCUGCUUGCCGAGGCGGUG